CCGUACCAGCCAAAGGAUCCAUCAGCGCCGACCAACUGCCAGGACACUUGAAGGUUUUUGCCGGGCGGCAACACCAGCGCACGGCGAGGUUUGCAAGAGAAGCCACCGUGGCCAUGAGGGGGAGCAACAUGCUCAGCUCCAGUGGCUGCUCCAGUGGGAGCAACAAAAGGACGCUGCAGCAGGAUUGCAGUGGCGGCAGCCAUGCCCAGGAGCACACCAAGAAAAAGUCUCGCAUCGGCAUGAGAACAGACUACACAUAUGCACCGUAUCAUGAUGGAUUCCAGUGGAGAAAAUAUGGGCAGAAGGUGAUCCGGGGCAAUGCCUUCCCAAGGUGCUACUACAGGUGCACGUACCACCAGGAUCAUGGCUGUUCGGCGAGCAAGCACGUGGAGCAGCACAACUCGGCGGACCCGCCGCUGUUCCGUGUGGUCUACACGAACGAUCACACAUGCAGCGGCGCUGCUGCUACCGCAUCGGACUACAUGGCCUCAUCGAUGCACAUCCAGCAGAUCGCCGACGCCUCUCUGAGAAAGGCCGACACGGAAGCGGAAAGGCCGCCGCGCCCGCAGCAGCCUCGCUCCGGCGGCGGCGGCUACGCCGCAGCGAUAAAAGAGGAGAAAGACGCCAUCGUCUCCUCCCUGCUCACCGUCAUCAGAGGCAGCUGUGACGUUGUGAAAUCUGACACUGCCCACGAGGGCUACAGCAGUGCGUCGCUGGCUAGUAACUGCUACGCGAUGUCAUCACCAUCGGUGGCCGGAGGUAGCCGUGAGGGUAGUAGCAGCUCUUCAGUUUCGCCAGUGGUGCUGCCGGCGCCAGAUGACAUGGGAUUGGGACUGGAUUUCAUGGUGGAGUCCCACUGGUUCGAGCCUUUGGAUUUGGGUUGGUUCGUAGAAUAGUUGAGUACAUGAGUGUGUGCAUUCGAUUAUCCUAACAUGACAUCUUUUUUUCCUGAGAUGUGGUGGGGGUUAGACACGACUACUCAUCAUAUCUCAAGUGAGAAUCUAGCUGGGUGGGUGAGUUCACAACUGUUUUUUGCUCACCGUUGCACUCUAGAAGAGUUCUCGAUGACGUCAUGCACCCA